AUUCCCAAAGUUACAGUCCAAUAUAAAUAUACCCUCCAUUCACUCCUAAUUAACUCACCCAUUUCUCAAAUAUUUCAAAUAUUUUUCAUUUUCUCUCUCUAACAUUCCAAAUCUUUUCCUUGUAAUUGCAUGGCAAUCAGCUUGUUAACCCAUGUGGUAUCCGACCUCUGUUUGGGAAAACCAGCACUAAAAUCACUUUCUCUCUCCUCAAACACCACAAUUGCUGAUGCUCUGUCCGCCAUUAAAGCUUCUGAAGAUAACUUCAUUAGCAUAUGGUGUUGUGACCACCAAAACAAGAUUAGCACCACUAAUCCUAGGAAAUUAGGGGGUGAUGAUCUGAAUUAUAAUCAUAAUUAUAAUUAUAAUGUUAAUUAUGAUUAUGGUUCUUCAUGUAAAUGUGUUGGGAAGAUUUGUAUGGUAGAUAUUAUAUGUUUUUUAUGCAAAGAGGAGAACUUGGAAUCUCCUACAUCUGCUCUGCUUUCCCCUGUUUCUGCCAUUUUGGCGCAUGAUUCUGGCUUUAUCAAACACGUGGAUCCUUCCACUAGCUUAUUGGAAGCAAUUGAUCUGAUCUUGGAAGGUGCACAAAACUUAGUGGUGCCCAUACAAAACACAGCUAGCUCAUAUUGUAGAAGAAAGCAGCAGAAGGUCAAAGGACCAACAAUCCACAACGGUCGUGAGUACUGUUGGUUGACCCAGGAAGACGUGAUCCAAUUCAUCCUAAGCCGAAUCGGGUUGUUUACCCCGAUCCCAGGCAUGUCAGUGGAGGAACUUGGAAUCAUUCAAACCAACAUUCUCGCUGUGGAUUACCAUGCCCCAGCCGUGAGUGCGCUUGAGGCAAUUUCACAAUCGUUAGUUGAGCAAUCCUCUGUUGGGGUGGUGGAUGAAGACGGGGUCCUUGUCGGGGAAAUUUCCCCAUUUACCCUCUCUUCCUGUGAUGAGACCGUUGCAGCAGCACUAAUGACCCUCUCUUCAGGAGACCUUAUGUCCUACAUUGACUGGGGUGGCCCACCUGAGGAUAUUGUAAGUGUGAUGAAGGAGGGAUUGAAGGAGAAGAAACUAGAAGGGUUAUUAGAAUUGUUGGGUGAUGAGUACUCGUCAUUGUCAUUGUCAUUGUCAUCGUCAUAUUCUUCUUCUUCUUCUUCCUCAUCAGAUGACGAGUCAGUGUCCUCUACCACGUCUUCCACCACUUCCUCGAGACUUACACGGUAUAAUAGGUCAUGGAGCUACUCGGCUAGGAUAGUUAGGAAGGCAGAAGCAAUAGUUUGUCACCCGAAAAGCUCAUUGGUUGCGGUGAUGAUUCAAGCUAUUUCACAUAGGGUCAACUACGUUUGGGUCAUGGAGGAUGAUUGUACUCUUGCUGGAAUUGUCACAUUUCGUGACAUGCUUGAGGUUUUCCGAGAGUAUUUAGCAUCAAUGGUCGAGGAAUGGGGUGCUUGAUUAGCUACAACAAUAAUUAAGAUGAAUAAGGAACACCCGCUUCUGUACCUGUACGUGCCUCGUACACCAGACCCAUCGAUCAAAGCUAGUUGGUUUUGAUACCAAUCUUGAGUAGAGAGGCCUUAGUAACAUUAGCUAAUGUUCAAGAGUUAGAAUUUCGAAUUAUUUUUGGCUUUUUCAUUUGGACAUGGGGUAUAUACUUGUGGUAAUUAAAAACUUUUUUCCUUUCUUAGAAGAGUUUAGUAGUUGUGUUGUCACGUACAAUUGUCAAUUAAGGAUAGUGCGUCUGAUAUUUCUUUCUUAAUUAAUUGUGUUUAUCUCCUUAAUAAAUUUAUUAUGUAUGCACUUUA